GUUAAUCAGUCGUCAUCAUCAUCGACAUCGCCAGUCAAAUUUAAUCACGGAGGAAGAAGACCAUAGCAGCACACCACGCCUCACCGCAGCAGAAGACGAAGAAGAAGAAGAAAUUUCAUUUCAUUCCAUUCCAUUCCAUUAAUCCAUCAUCAUCAGGGCUGGCCGGGGGUCUGUCUUUCCAUUUUUCUUCGUCCACUCCACUCAGCUCAGCACUAAACUAAACCGCGUUUUAGGGAUUAAACGCGGUCGUUGACUGGGAAGUCGACGGAAGACAAAAAAUGGAAUGGCUUUUGGGGCAGAUUUUCUCUUCUCCUCUCCUCCUCCUCGUUCUUUUCCUUGAUUUUUCCACAGCCGUACCUUUGACUUCUGCACCUGCAUCAACCCCCCAUUUUAUCUCUCUCCCUCCUCUCUCUCUCCUUGUUCCCAUUUUAAAUAAGGAAUCAAAAUUGAGCUACCCCCGAUCUUCCUCUCCUUCUCUGUCUCUCUUGAAGACUGGAUCUUUCUCCAGCCCGAGAAAAGACUCCGGAGAAGAAGAUUAUGAUGACGACGAUGGUCCGAACGUCAGCUUCUCUCCACCUCAUGGUCCUCAUCGCGGCCGCGAUAUUGGUGUAUGAACCAGCGGAAGGAGAUCCGAGGACGCAGACGGUCAAGAUGAUUUGCUCCAACCAACUCGAGCACAACACCACCAUCUUCGUGCCCAACUUUGUCGCCGUCAUGGAGAACAUAAGCGGACAGAUGAGGACCAAAGGCUACGGACAGUCGAUUAUAGGCUCCGGCCCCGACGCCAACUACGGGCUCUCCCAGUGCUAUGGGGACCUCUCGCUUCUCGACUGCGUCCUCUGCUAUGCCGAGGCACGUUCCCUCCUCCCCCAGUGCUAUCCAUACAAUGGGGGACGGAUAUUCCUGGACGGAUGCUUCAUGCGGGCCGAGAACUACAGCUUCUUUCAGGAGUACACCGGACCCAAUGACACGGUUGUAUGCGGGAACCAGACGAGGAAGAGUUCUUCAUUUGAGAAUUCCGCGAGGCAGGCUGUGGCCCGCGCUGUGGCAGACGCACCAGGCAAUAAUGGUUAUGCCAGGACAGAGUUGGCCAGGUCUGGUGGUGUAAAUGAGUCGGCCUACGUGCUCGCCGAUUGCUGGAGGACACUGGACCCGAGUUCGUGCAGGGCUUGCCUGGAGAACGCGUCCGCUUCGAUACUCAAGUGCUUGCCCUGGUCCGAGGGGCGGGCACUGAACACCGGCUGCUUCAUGAGGUACUCGGACACGAACUUCCUCAAUAAGGAACCCGGAAAGGGGAGCAACAGAGGGACUAUAAUCGUGAUCGUGGUGUCGGUCGUUAGCUCCCUCGUGGUCUUGGCAGUCGGAAUAACGAUCGGAGUUUUCAUCUGGAAGCAGAGAUACAUCCAGAAGAAAAGGAAAGGCCCGGACAAUGCGAAAAGGCUGGUGAAGAUACUUCACGACAGCAGCUUGAACUUUAAGUACUCUGUGCUCGAGAAGGCAACAGGAUCUUUCGACGGUGCCAACAAACUCGGGCAAGGCGGGUUCGGGACAGUUUACAAGGGAGUUCUUGCUGAUGGUAGGGAGAUCGCUGUUAAGAGGCUCUUCGUCAACAACAGACACCGAGCAGAGGACUUCUACAAUGAGGUGAACAUCAUUAGCAGCGUGGAACACAGAAACCUCGUGCGGUUGUUGGGCUGCAGCUGUUCCGGACCCGAAAGCCUUCUCGUCUAUGAGUUUUUGCCUAACAAGAGUCUCGAUCGUUUCAUUUUCGAUGUAAACCGAGGGAAGGCGUUGAACUGGGAGAAGAGACUAGAGAUAAUGAUGGGGACAGCGGAGGGUUUAGUCUGUCUCCACGAGAAUCCGAAGAUCAAGAUCAUUCAUCGGGACAUAAAGGCGAGUAACAUCUUGCUUGAUUCAAGGCUCCGGGCUAAAAUAGCCGAUUUCGGGCUGGCAAGAUCAUUCCAACAAGACAAGAGCCACACCAGCACAGCAAUUGCAGGAACUCUGGGUUAUAUGGCUCCAGAGUACCUUGCUCACGGUCAAUUGACGGAGAAGGCAGAUGUCUACAGCUUCGGUGUGCUACUGUUAGAGACAGUAACAGGAAGGCAAAACAACAGAGGCAAAAAUGCUGAAUACUCGGACAGCAUCAUCACUAUCACAUGGAACCAUUUCCAAGCCGGUACAGUGGAGGAACUCUACGACCCGAACCUAAUGUUAAACAACUACCACAACAGCAGAAGCAUCAAGAACGAGGUUCUAAGAGUGAUCCACAUAGGAUUGCUCUGCACCCAAGAAGCUCCUACCUUGCGACCUACGAUGUCUAGAGUUCUGCUGAUGCUGACAAAGAAGGACGACGAGCUCCCAGCGCCCUCAAACCCACCCUUUAUAGAUGAGAAGACCAUGGAACUUAAUGACUCCUACGAGGACCACUCUUAUCACCCAAACAAAAACGCUUCCGACUCUGUUGCUACCAUCUCCACCAGUUCUUUCUACCCUAGGUGAUCAUUUCCUCAUCUGUUCCACUUUGAAUGGCAUCUACUUCGUCUAACAGAGCUAUGAUAAAAUGGAUGAAGAAUUAAAAGGAGAGAAGGGAGAAACCAUUGAUGCAUCGGCAGAAAAGACCCAGAUAUGAGGUUGCAGGUGUGCAGCUUGACAAAGUUCAGCCUCCUAUUAGUAGAAGUAGACGGCGAGUUUCUGAUUCUGCAAUCGAGUUAUUUGUACAAACAGUUGCGAUUCGGGAUUUAGAUAAGUUUUGUAUAUAUAUUAUAAUGAAUGUGGCCCAGUGUCAGAGGAUACAAAUGCAAUACUACAACAAUUAUUGAUUUCUA